UACCUCAUAACUCUUACGGAGAGGAGGGAGAAAACCCAACCUCUUCCACACCAUCGAGCUCAAACCAUGGCGGCUUUCCGAGAGGCGUGGCGCCUGUUGCGCGUCGGGAGCACUCGUCUCCCCCUCCUCCGAAACCCUAACCCUAACCCUAGACCUCUUCUCCCCUUCCAACUCGUCUCCUCCAGAGGCAUCGCCCACAAGCUCUUCGUCGGAGGGCUCUCAUUCUACACAACCGAAGAUGGCUUAUCUGAAGCUUUCUCACAGUGCGGCCAAGUGAUUGAAGCCACAAUAAUCAUGGAUAAAGCUACUGAGAGGUCAAAAGGAUUUGGCUUUGUGACAUUUGCGUCAGAGGAUGAAGCCCAAAAAGCGCUUACCGAAAUGAAUGGCAAGGUGUUAAAUGGACGAGUAAUUUUUGUUGACAAUGCAAAAGCCAAGCCAACAUACGAUAAUGCUCGACCAAUUGCAAGAGGCCCGCCUGAGCCAAAUAGGGGUAACUGAGGUUUCUUCUUGAUAUUUGUUUUUUCUGUAUAAUUGAAGAAUUAAAUCUACUUAGAAGAAGCAAAACUGGGAAUCUCCUAUACACAUAUGUUUGUAACCAGAAUUUCUUUUCUGGACAUUGAGGUUCUGGAAAAAUCAAAUAAACUACUUUCUAUUUUCUUUUGUAAUGCCUUGUGGUAGUCCCUGAACUUCUAGCCAGGUUUCACUUUGGUCCUCAAA